AGUUACAGCGGCUGCAACAAUAGGCAGGCGUUGGGGCUUUUCUGGCUGCGUGGUAACGGGUCCGACCUGAAUGUUGCGUUUUUGGCGAAGCUGCGAUCGGGGCUCAGCCAAACCUCCAGAUAUGUCCGGCGUCGGCCGGACACGGGCAUUAGCGGUCCCCUUGGGCUAGCCGACCUCAAAUUGUCUUAAAAACGCGUCAUUCCAGAUUUUCAAGGAAAGGGAAAGGAGCCUCUGCUUCACAUUUUGAUGGGAGCAUCUGAGGACCUCAUCUGUGUGAUGCUCCUAGUGCGAUCCCUUUCACGUGCUAAGCAGCUGCUCAGUAAACCUGGGGAGAGAUGGGGCACCUUGGUUUCACCAGCUGAGCGGCCGGCACUUCCUGCCUCGUCUCGCCCUUUUGCCCAGGCUAGAGUGCAGUGGUGCGGUCAUGGUUCACUGCAGCCGGUGCGGUCAUGGUUCACUGGACUCAGCAGGAGGCCACUGUCUGCAGCUCCCGUGAAGAUGUCCACUCCAGACCCACCCCUGGGCGGAACUCCUCGGCCGGGUCCUUCCCCGGGCCCUGGCCCUUCCCCUGGAGCCAUGCUGGGCCCUAGCCCGGGUCCCUCACCGGGCUCCGCCCACAGCAUGAUGGGGCCCAGCCCAGGGCCGCCCUCAGCAGGACACCCCAUCCCCACCCAGGGGCCUGGAGGGUACCCUCAGGACAACAUGCACCAGAUGCACAAGCCCAUGGAGUCCAUGCACGAGAAGGGCAUGUCGGACGACCCGCGCUACAACCAGAUGAAAGGAAUGGGGAUGCGGUCAGGGGGCCAUGCUGGGAUGGGGCCCCCGCCCAGCCCCAUGGACCAGCACUCCCAAGGUUACCCCUCGCCCCUGGGUGGCUCUGAGCAUGCCUCUAGUCCAGUUCCAGCCAGUGGCCCGUCUUCGGGGCCCCAGAUGUCUUCCGGACCAGGAGGUGCCCCGCUGGAUGGUGCUGACCCCCAGGCCUUGGGGCAGCAGAACCGGGGCCCAACCCCAUUUAACCAGAACCAGCUGCACCAGCUCAGAGCUCAGAUCAUGGCCUACAAGAUGCUGGCCAGGGGGCAGCCCCUCCCCGACCACCUGCAGAUGGCGGUGCAGGGCAAGCGGCCAAUGCCCGGGAUGCAGCAGCAGAUGCCAACGCUACCUCCACCCUCGGUGUCCGCAACAGGACCCGGCCCUGGCCCUGGCCCUGGCCCCGGCCCGGGUCCCGGCCCGGCACCUCCAAAUUACAGCAGGCCUCAUGGUAUGGGAGGGCCCAACAUGCCUCCCCCAGGACCCUCAGGCGUGCCCCCCGGGAUGCCAGGCCAGCCUCCUGGAGGGCCUCCCAAGCCCUGGCCUGAAGGACCCAUGGCGAAUGCUGCUGCCCCCACGAGCACCCCUCAGAAGCUGAUUCCCCCGCAGCCAACGGGCCGCCCUUCCCCCGCGCCCCCUGCUGUCCCACCCGCCGCCUCGCCCGUGAUGCCACCGCAGACCCAGUCCCCCGGGCAGCCGGCCCAGCCCGCGCCCAUGGUGCCACUGCACCAGAAGCAGAGCCGCAUCACCCCCAUCCAGAAGCCGCGGGGCCUCGACCCUGUGGAGAUCCUGCAGGAGCGCGAGUACAGGCUGCAGGCUCGCAUCGCACACCGAAUUCAGGAACUUGAAAACCUUCCCGGGUCCCUGGCCGGGGAUUUGCGAACCAAAGCGACCAUUGAGCUCAAGGCCCUCAGGCUGCUGAACUUCCAGAGGCAGCUGCGCCAGGAGGUGGUGGUGUGCAUGCGGAGGGACACAGCGCUGGAGACAGCCCUCAAUGCUAAGGCCUACAAGCGCAGCAAGCGCCAGUCCCUGCGCGAGGCCCGCAUCACUGAGAAGCUGGAGAAGCAGCAGAAGAUCGAGCAGGAGCGCAAGCGCCGGCAGAAGCACCAGGAAUACCUCAAUAGCAUUCUCCAGCAUGCCAAGGAUUUCAAGGAAUAUCACAGAUCCGUCACAGGCAAAAUCCAGAAGCUGACCAAGGCAGUGGCCACGUACCACGCCAACACGGAGCGGGAGCAGAAGAAAGAGAACGAGCGGAUCGAGAAGGAGCGCAUGCGGAGGCUCAUGGCUGAAGAUGAGGAGGGGUACCGCAAGCUCAUCGACCAGAAGAAGGACAAGCGCCUGGCCUACCUCUUGCAGCAGACAGACGAGUACGUGGCUAACCUCACGGAGCUGGUGCGGCAGCACAAGGCUGCCCAGGUCGCCAAGGAGAAAAAGAAGAAAAAGAAAAAGAAGAAGGCAGAAAAUGCAGAAGGACAGACGCCUGCCAUCGGACCGGAUGGCGAGCCUCUGGAUGAGACCAGCCAGAUGAGCGACCUCCCGGUGAAGGUGAUCCACGUGGAGAGUGGGAAGAUCCUCACAGGCACAGAUGCCCCCAAAGCCGGGCAGCUGGAGGCCUGGCUCGAGAUGAACCCGGGGUAUGAAGUAGCUCCGAGGUCUGAUAGUGAAGAAAGUGGCUCAGAAGAAGAGGAAGAGGAGGAGGAGGAAGAGCAGCCGCAGGCAGCGCAGCCUCCCACCCUGCCCGUGGAGGAGAAGAAGAAGAUUCCAGAUCCAGACAGCGAUGACGUCUCUGAGGUGGACGCGCGGCACAUCAUUGAGAAUGCCAAGCAAGAUGUCGAUGAUGAAUAUGGCGUGUCCCAGGCCCUUGCACGUGGCCUGCAGUCCUACUAUGCCGUGGCCCAUGCUGUCACUGAGAGAGUGGACAAGCAGUCAGCGCUUAUGGUCAAUGGUGUCCUCAAACAGUACCAGAUCAAAGGUUUGGAGUGGCUGGUGUCCCUGUACAACAACAACCUGAACGGCAUCCUGGCCGACGAGAUGGGCCUGGGGAAGACCAUCCAGACCAUUGCGCUCAUCACGUACCUCAUGGAGCACAAACGCAUCAAUGGGCCCUUCCUCAUCAUCGUGCCUCUCUCAACGCUGUCCAACUGGGCGUACGAGUUUGACAAGUGGGCCCCCUCCGUGGUGAAGGUGUCUUACAAGGGAUCCCCAGCAGCAAGACGGGCCUUUGUCCCCCAGCUCCGGAGUGGGAAGUUCAACGUCUUGCUGACGACGUACGAGUACAUCAUCAAAGACAAGCACAUCCUCGCCAAGAUCCGUUGGAAGUACAUGAUUGUGGACGAAGGUCACCGCAUGAAGAACCACCACUGCAAGCUGACGCAGGUGCUCAACACGCACUAUGUGGCACCCCGCCGCCUGCUGCUGACGGGCACACCGCUGCAGAACAAGCUUCCCGAGCUCUGGGCGCUGCUCAACUUCCUGCUGCCCACCAUCUUCAAGAGCUGCAGCACCUUCGAGCAGUGGUUUAACGCACCCUUUGCCAUGACCGGGGAAAAGGUGGACCUGAAUGAGGAGGAAACCAUUCUCAUCAUCCGGCGUCUCCACAAAGUGCUGCGGCCCUUCUUGCUCCGACGACUCAAGAAGGAAGUCGAGGCCCAGUUGCCCGAAAAGGUGGAGUACGUCAUCAAGUGCGACAUGUCGGCGCUGCAGCGAGUGCUCUACCGCCACAUGCAGGCCAAGGGCGUGCUGCUGACUGAUGGCUCCGAGAAGGACAAGAAGGGCAAAGGCGGCACCAAGACCCUGAUGAACACCAUCAUGCAGCUGCGGAAGAUCUGCAACCACCCCUACAUGUUCCAGCACAUCGAGGAGUCCUUUUCUGAGCACUUGGGGUUCACUGGCGGCAUUGUCCAAGGGCUGGACCUGUACCGAGCCUCGGGUAAAUUUGAGCUUCUUGAUAGAAUUCUUCCCAAACUCCGAGCAACCAACCACAAAGUGCUGCUGUUCUGCCAAAUGACCUCCCUCAUGACCAUCAUGGAAGAUUACUUUGCGUAUCGUGGCUUUAAAUACCUCAGGCUUGAUGGAACCACGAAGGCGGAGGACCGGGGCAUGCUGCUGAAAACCUUCAACGAGCCCGGCUCCGAGUACUUCAUCUUCCUGCUCAGCACCCGGGCUGGGGGGCUCGGCCUGAACCUCCAGUCUGCAGACACUGUGAUCAUUUUCGACAGCGACUGGAAUCCUCACCAGGACCUGCAAGCGCAGGACCGAGCCCACCGCAUCGGGCAGCAGAACGAGGUGCGUGUGCUCCGCCUCUGCACCGUCAACAGCGUGGAGGAGAAGAUCCUAGCUGCAGCCAAGUACAAGCUCAACGUGGACCAGAAGGUGAUCCAGGCCGGCAUGUUCGACCAGAAGUCCUCCAGCCACGAGCGGCGCGCCUUCCUGCAGGCCAUCCUGGAGCACGAGGAGCAGGACGAGAGCAGACACUGCAGCACGGGCAGCGGCAGUGCCAGCUUCGCCCACACUGCCCCUCCGCCAGCGGGCGUCAACCCCGACUUGGAGGAGCCACCUCUAAAGGAGGAAGACGAGGUGCCCGACGACGAGACCGUCAACCAGAUGAUCGCCCGGCACGAGGAGGAGUUUGAUCUGUUCAUGCGCAUGGACCUGGACCGCAGGCGUGAGGAGGCCCGCAACCCCAAGCGCAAGCCGCGCCUCAUGGAGGAGGACGAGCUCCCCUCGUGGAUCAUCAAGGACGACGCGGAGGUGGAGCGGCUGACCUGUGAGGAGGAGGAGGAGAAGAUGUUCGGCCGUGGCUCCCGCCACCGCAAGGAGGUGGACUACAGCGACUCACUGACGGAGAAGCAGUGGCUCAAGAAAAUUACAGGAAAAGAUAUCCAUGACACAGCCAGCAGUGUGGCACGUGGGCUACAAUUCCAGCGUGGCCUUCAGUUCUGCACACGUGCGUCAAAGGCCAUCGAGGAGGGCACGCUGGAGGAGAUCGAAGAGGAGGUCCGGCAGAAGAAAUCAUCACGGAAGCGCAAGCGAGACAGCGACGCCGGCUCCUCCACCCCGACCACCAGCACCCGCAGCCGCGACAAGGACGACGAGAGCAAGAAGCAGAAGAAGCGCGGGCGGCCGCCUGCCGAGAAACUCUCCCCUAACCCACCCAACCUCACCAAGAAGAUGAAGAAGAUUGUGGAUGCCGUGAUCAAGUACAAGGACAGCAGCAGUGGACGUCAGCUCAGCGAGGUCUUCAUCCAGCUGCCCUCACGAAAGGAGCUGCCCGAGUACUACGAGCUCAUCCGCAAGCCCGUGGACUUCAAGAAGAUAAAGGAGCGCAUUCGCAACCACAAGUACCGCAGCCUCAACGACCUAGAGAAGGACGUCAUGCUCCUGUGCCAGAACGCACAGACCUUCAACCUGGAGGGCUCCCUGAUCUAUGAAGACUCCAUCGUCUUGCAGUCGGUCUUCACCAGCGUGCGGCAGAAAAUCGAGAAGGAGGAUGACAGUGAAGGCGAGGAGAGUGAGGAGGAGGAAGAGGGCGAGGAGGAAGGCUCCGAAUCCGAAUCUCGGUCCGUCAAAGUGAAGAUCAAGCUUGGCCGGAAGGAGAAGGCACAGGACCGGCUGAAGGGCGGCCGGCGGCGGCCGAGCCGAGGGUCCCGAGCCAAGCCGGUCGUGAGUGAUGACGACAGUGAGGAGGAACAAGAGGAGGACCGCUCAGGAAGUGGCAGCGAAGAAGACUGAGCCCCGACAUUCCAGUCUCGACCCCGAGCCCCUCGUUCCAGAGCCGAGACGGCAUAGGCCUUAGCAGUAACGGGUAGCAGCAGACGUAGUUUCAGACUUGGAGUAAAACUGUAUAAACAAAAGAAUCUUCCAUAUUUAUACAGCAGAGAAGCUGUAGGACUGUUUGUGACUGGCCCUGUCCUGGCAUCAGUAGCAUCUGUAACAGCAUUAACUGUCUUAAAGAGAGAGAGAGAGAAUUCCGAAUUGGGGAACACACGAUACCUGUUUUUCUUUUCCGUUGCUGGCAGUACUGUUGCGCCGCAGUUUGGAGUCACUGUAGUUAAGUGUGGAUGCAUGUGCGUCACCGUCCACUCCUCGUACUGUAUUUUAUUGGACAGGUCAGACUCGCCGGGGGCCCGGCGAGGGUAUGUCAGUGUCACUGGAUGUCAAACAGUAAUAAAUUAAACCAACAACAAAAUGCA